CGCUGGGGUGGGUCGGACCCCAGCCCCAGAUCUUCGCACGGUCUGACUUGAUCGACUACCAAAGCUAAACUAACGGGCCCUUUCAAAUAAUAACGAUGAGGCUGCUCUCUUCUCAAAGGUUCGAACUGUCGACCGAGGUGACCACAAGUCCCAUUUUCUCGAAAUUUCUAUUUGGUAUCAUCGGUUGAAAAACGGCUGGGGUCCAGUAUACCCUGUGUGACUAUUGAGGGUUAAAAAAAGGUUAUUAGGGAAAGAAUAUUCAAGCUGAAAAUUUGUCGAUUUCCGGUAAUCACAACAUUUUUAUGAUCUUCGAACUUUUACUUGAAUAUCGAAGCUUUUAUGAAACAACGAAAGUUCCAGUGAAUUUGAAUUUUUUUUAACGAACGACAAAAUUCAAGGAAAUUUCGAGAAUUGUUGAAAAAUGUUACUGAAGUUCUUGCGUAAAUUAUUUACGGCUGAAAAUAAAAUAUAAAUAAUUUGACACGCGAUUAUUAUGAGCAAUAGUAAAAAUUAUAUCUGCAAAACUUCGUAUUUCUAGAAGCAAAAUUGAAGUUUCUAGGACUUGAAACUUAUGAAGCGUAUAGAACAUUUUUGGAAAUUCCUUUUUGGUUCGUUUUUUCCAACGUUAAUCUAGGUUCGAACUCGGUUCAUCUUAUGUCGAAAGUGUAUAAAAAAAACUUGAAGUGAGUUCAAACCGCGUUGGAGUAAACGGUCAUUUGCGUAGGUUUAUCCUCAUACAACUGAACUCACCUUCUGUAGAUAAUCAACAAGUGGCAACACGUGCUCCCUCGGCUGAAAUCGAUUCACCCAGGAGCUCUCCUCGUUACAAUUUACAAAUCACAGCUUGACUCUUGAUAUUUAUUUUGAAUAUCAUUGGUCGGGAGCACUCGCGGGACGAUUCGGUUUAUCGGCUUUUGGACCGCGACGCAGCGGGAGUGGCGAGACCCCGUACGGUGCUGCCUUCUUGCAGCGUCUUUUUGUUCUUCUAGGGUUUCCCCUUUGUACGUUUUAUACACUUUCAUACGGCCGAGAACGACGUACGUACUGUUGUUCCUCAACCUUUUUACGUGCUCGGGUCUAAUCAGAAUUUUUCUUUUCUUAUCAAGUAGAAACUGAAUUCGGUUUCAGAAUUAUCAUUCGAAAAAUCAAUAAACUCUUUUAAUAAUAGUGAACGUAUAAUAAGUUGUCGUUAAAUUCUUUGGAGCCUCUUGCGAAUUUUAAAGAAACAUUUUGAGCGGAAAUACGUUUGAGAGAAUAAAGAAAAUUUUACCAGCUUUGUCUUAUUUUUUGUCAGUAGAAACUGCAUUUCGAAAAUAAUGUUUCGUAAUAAUUUUUAUAAUCCGUUUUUCAAUGUCAUUGAUAUACGUGGCAUUGUAAAUCGUAAGUUGUUGUUUUCGGCGGUAUUUUUCUUCAAAGUAUUCCACAGAAAUUAUGUACUGAUCAACACGUGAAUCCGAGAGUUCAGGGUUGAAUCUGACGCGAUGUGGACGGUUGCCUAGUAACGAGCUACACACCUCUGGCGCAUAGCGAGUUCGAAUACGACGCGAAAACCGCUCAAUAGUCUUGCAUCGUAUUCGAUACAGUGACGAAAAAGACGAUAAAAUAAAUAGAUCAGAGCUGGUAGUGUUGACGGAGAACACAAGUUAUGUUAUUGAAUAAUUUCGGUUGGAAUUCUGGACGUUAAGUAAACAUAAACUGUAAGAGCGUGCCGGUAUUAUUUAGCUCAGCGUGUUAGUCGCGUUCCAGCCAAUCGUGACAAAUUUUCUCGGCUCGUCAUUGGUCGGAGAUCCGGCGAGAUAGCCCGAAGGCAGUGUAUAGUGUAUCCGAUGGGCACACGUGAAAGCUUUGUUGCUUUGUUCCUGUUCAACCGUUUUGGACGAAUGUAGUUCGCGGCAAAAAUAAUUACACUCCGUUUUUUUCUUUAAUUCAAUUUGAUUAAUGUUGAAACGUCCUCAAAAUGUUUAAUCAUCGUUCUAAUAAAACGGAUCAACAAGCAAAUGUCACUUAUCCAACAACGAGGCUGAAAAAUAUCACGUGUAUCUACUGCCGUCAUCAAUUCAUCCUCAAAAAUAUCAAUGAUUUACGACGUUCAAAUACGCCGUUACUCUUGGCUUGUGGACAUCCGUUCUGUAACCAAUGUGUCAGAAAGCACGAGAAAGAUCCUUGUCCGGUGUGUGGUCCGAUGCCAGAAUCGUUGAGUGUUUCAAAAAAUCUUCAGCCUCCGGUGAACGUUUAUGUGGUUGGUUUAAUAGUCGCGUGUCAGCCAAACCUAACUUACGGGGCUGAGGCAGAUAUAUUAUUUGCGAAGAACAGCUUAUCCGAGUCCAAGCCAGAAUCCUUCAAAGAAAAGCACUGUUCACAAUGCGGCUAUCAUGCGAUUCUUCGAGAUCUUGAUUGCAAAGCAUCAUUCUGCCAGAAUUGUUAUUCUACCUAUCAUGUGGAUAUAGAUCAGAAACACAGUACAAUUAUGCUUCUGGAUUGUGAGGACAAGUCUUUAUUCGAGGAGAAGCAUUGUACCGAACACACAACUGCAAUAAUAGAUUAUUUUUGUAACGAUUGCUCUUUCUCUGCUUGUGCCCAUUGUAUGCUGGCAACACAUCAGGGCCAUAAUGUUGUUUUCCUACCAAAAAAGAACGCAGAAUACGUGCAGCAGUUUUACGAAGUUCAGAGUAAGAUGACCGACACGUUGCAGCGGAUUUCUCAGACAAAAAAGAAAAUUCGAGAAGUCCGGACAAGCGCACAGGAUCUACAUAAAAAUGGAAAUAUCGAAAAAGCCAUCAACGAACACUUCGUACACCUCCAUGGCCUCUUACAGAAUAUCGAAAAACGUUUAAUCGACAAAUUAUACGAGCAACGUGACAAUUUAACGAAAAACCUCGAGGACCUUAAAAAGCGUCUCGAUGCUCAGGAAAAUAAACUCCAGGCUGCGUUAACCAUGACGUUAAACGCGAACAAUUUGUCGGAACGAAUAAAUCUGAAAGACGUUGUAACGAAGAUGUUAAAACUCGCGAAUGAAGCACACUGUUAUCUUGUUCAAGAUCCAAUUAUAGACAACAGCAACAUAACAUUUCAUCCUGACCAAUCAAUUAAAUCGGCCCUCGAAAAUCAUUGCAAGCUUGUAAUCCCGGAAAUUUCAGGCUACUGUUUACAGACAGAGGACAAUUUGCCGGAAGAUUACAAAAUCGAGCCCCUCGUGAAAAGACCGCACGAUAAUUCUAUGUGUUCGGAAUUAUCAACGAUGAGAAAAGCUUCAUCGUGCCGUUCGGUGUAUUCCCAGCGCUCCGAAAUUCUAAACGAAACCGAAGCCGAGAUUCGAAACGGCGACACUCUUAUUCCCGUGAAAAUCUGUAACGUGGAAAACCCUUCGAGCUUUUACGUCUGCAAGGUAUCCCAUCUUAACAAAAUCUUCGAACUGGAGGAGAUGCUCAAUAAUUAUGCAAACAAAAAUCACCAAGUACCUCGUGAAGUGGAACAAAAUGGUUUGUACGCCGUGAAGCAUCAGGUUACCAAUAGAUGGUACCGGGGUCGAGUAACAUUUCCCGAAAAAUCUGAAAGGUACGAAGUUUUCAAUAUUGAUAAAGGAAGUGUCGAGCACAACGUGCCCAAGCAACAGUUGCGAUGUAUUCCCGAGCAUCUUACGUCGAUGGGACCAAUGGUAAUGCACUGCGCUCUGUACAACAUCAUGCCAAAAAACGGUCAAUGGUCGAAUGAGGCCUGUGAAGCAAUUUCCAAAUAUCAGGCGUUCAACGAAACUGUGAAGAUGCACGUCGAAAAUUCAAAGGGCAACAUUUAUUACGUCGAUCUCCUAGUGGAAAAUUCAAAACGUAUCGCUGGUUCUUACACAUCUUCGAUUCGCGACGCUCUCAUUUUCAUAGGCCUGGGUGUCUUCCACAGUUCCCAUCAAUUGCUGAGGAGCACUCCAUAUGCAGUCCGCAGAUAUUUCCUUGAAGAACUGGCAAUUAACUACUUCCAUAACGUUAAAGUCACCCACAUGGAAUCACCGGAUUGUAUAUAUGUGCAGAAAAUAGAUGAAAAUUUCGUUUACCUCCAGAAAAUGAUGAUCGACAUAAACGCGUAUUACAAAGACAAAAUCAAAUCGGACGAUGGUAUCAUUCACGUUCCUGAAAUCGGAUUGACAUGUGCUGCAGAAGAUACCGACGGCACUUGGUAUCGGGCGGUCAUCAGUAAGGAAACAACUGAAUCACGAAUGGUCACAGUUACCCUCGUCGAUUUUGGUAGGACUAUCACUGUCAAUUUCGACAAGAUUCGAACAUUGCAUGAAAAGUUCAUGGCAUCUACAGCUCAGGCGAUCAAAACAACUCUGGCAGACAUCAACCCUGUGGAUGGAGAGUGGAGCCAAAGCUGUAAGGAACUCAUGUCAGAACAUUUCGAGAACCCUUAUGUUCGAGUAUUCGCAUACGAAAAAACUGCGGACGUUACUACUGUGAAUUUAACGACUUCGUCCGGCAUCAAUAUAGCGGCGUUGCUAGUUUCAAAAGGUCUCGCAAUUUCUGUAGGACCAAGAUCAUCAGGAGUAGUAGAGGCACCCCUUGCUCCACCGGUUAUGAAAAAGAGUAAAGCGAAGGUGCGUAAUAACCGAACAGUAAAGAAAAAAAAGCAGAAACAAGCUACGGUGGAAAAGACGUUGAAUCGUCUUUGCCAAGAAACGAAUGAUCCGUUCAAGUUACGAGUAAAGAUCUUGAGAGUUAAAUCGCCUGAUGAAAUUUACGUUGCUGAUCCGGAAAACGACAAACGCUACUCGAAAUUGAUCACGGAUAUGCAAAGAUUCUACUCGCUAAACGAAGGACAUUCAAAUGAUGAUGAAUGGAAAAUCGGUCAUCAGUGUGCUGUUUAUUCAGCAUCCGACCGAAUGUUCUGUCGUGGAAAAAUCGUCGGAUUUAACAAUCCCAAAGAAGCUCAGGUUUUUCUGUAUGACUUAACUCACACAGAAAAUAUUCCAGUCGCCGAUUUACAACCAUUGGCACUCCAAUUUUGGGAUACACCGUGUUACGCUAUCAAAGUUAAAUUAGCUGGUUUGAAUCCUUGCGGUGGCUCUUCCGGGUGGAUUUCAGCUUCCUGUGACAAGCUUCAAAAUUUGAUAGCGGAAAACCAAAAUUGCAAAUUCUUCAUUUCCACACUAGGUAAUUUGGAAAAGGACCAUCUCGAAGUCGAACUUUGGGUCGAGCAAGUAAAAAUCGAAGGACCUUUGGCUCCUGGAAGAAUAGAAAUAAACUCUAUCAACAAAAUGUUGGUUCACGAGGGCAUGGCUCUACCGAUUAAACAAUAUGAGAGCAAUGCGAAAGUUCUCGCGGUCGAGUUGAAGCGUCAAAUUUCGACCAAACAAGAAAAACCAAUGAAUAAGAACAGGAAAAUAAAUGGAACGUUUCAAAAGAAGGAGCAUUGUAACGAUAUCGAUUCUCCACAAACAAUCAAUUCCGACGAUGAAUUGAACUUGUGCGAGAAUGGUUUCAGCGUAGAAGAGGAUGAAACAACACUUUGUUCUGAGGAAGAUUCAUUGUCGAAUAACAAGUUCAAGUUCUUACCUGACGAAAAAGUCGAGCAGACGGCAACACAAUGGCUCCCAGCUAUCCCAAUCGAGGACGCUCAAUUUGAAGCUAUGGUCACAAAUUUAGACGACGAUUGUCGCUUCUAUAUUCAUUCUAUACAACAAAGUCGCAACCAUUUAUCUUACAUCGAAAGAACCCUCGACGAGAAAUACAGGAAUACGGUAGUAACUCCUCCGGAUCUUGUGUGGGAAGAGGGUGACCUUUGCAUCGCUCAGUAUCACUCGAAUAAAAAAUGGUACAGAGGCCAAGUUCGUGAGGUAUUGGAAAAUGGGGUGACCAAGGUUGAGUUCAUUGAUUAUGGAAAUAUCGAAAUUUGCGAAAACGGAACUCUUCGGAAAACUUUGGCACUUCUUGACAUUCCGCGACAAGGCACACACUGUUUUAUCUUCGGAUUAGUGCCAAAUACAGAGGAUGGAAAAUGGCCUACCAUCGAUUUGGACCGAAUCCACGGGAUCUUAGUUGAUCAAAUCUGCGAUAUCUUCGUGAGAGAACGUAAACCAGACCACCUAGAGGUGUCACUCUUGAUGAAGAAUCCGAAAAAAUGUGAUUUAAUAACAUUUUUGUGCGAUGACUUGAAAAUGAAUGUCCUAAUGGAUACCGGAUCCGCUAAAUUGACAAGUGAAGAAGCUAGUGACAAGACCAACGAUGACACUGCCGACACGACUGUCGACGAAGCAGAGAACGACGUUGAUGUCGUAGUCGAUGGUUAUAUCGAGAAUAACGAGUACGAGCUUAUCAAGGAGCAAAAAAUCAUUCACCACGUAAAGGAUGAUUCUACUGAGGACGAAGAAUACGAAGCAGUCGAAAAAAAUAGGCCUGAUGAGAUCGAGAAAACAACGAAUGACAACGGUAGAGAAAUUGAAAAUGACGGAGAGAGCCGUGCAACAGAUACAAUCGAUAAUUGUAAUGACGAAAACAUCGAAGGAGGUGAUGAAAUUGAAAAUCACUGUGAAAACGAAUGCAAGGAGAUCACUUGUAUCGAAAUCGAUCGUUCGAAAUCUCCGAAAUCAAAUACUCUACAGACAAUACGCGAUUUGGAAAACACGUUCCUCCGCAAUAAAGAUUUCGAAGAGGCUGAAAAUAAUAUCAAAUGUACAAACCCCUUCCAUGAAGACAUCAUAUCCGGGACAAUGUGCUGUACUCACAUCUCGGACGAAAUCAGUAUAAACGGGCAAGUGAUGAAAGAUCUUGAUGUACUCGAUGCUAUUUCUCUUCCGAGUACUGGUGGGCUCACGGGGGAUGAAAUCAUUACCUCGACUCCGCAUAACCAUUCUUUCGAAGCGAAUAACAAUCAAACCAAAUCCAUUAUAAUUCCUGAGGAUGUCACUCUGGUGAAAGCAGAAAUAUCUCUUGUCGGUCUUGAUCAGUUCACGCUACAUAUUGUAGGCAACAACAGUUCAAAGAUAUUGACACAACAACGGCAGCAUUACGAAAAAAUAAUGGCCGAAAUGCAAAUUCAUGCCGAGGACCAACCGCUUUUGAAGUCCUUCUAUUCAGGUCAAUUAUGUUGUGCUAAAUUCAUGGAUGGCAAAUGGUAUCGGUCAAAAGUGGUUUCGAACGAAUCGCAACCUUAUGAGUUAGGACAUACGCUGAACGUUUAUUUUAUCGAUUAUGGUAACAGUUCCUGCGUGAAAUCUGAGGACAUUCGCGUUUUAAAAGAUGAAUGGCACGAAGCUCCUUGCAUGUUAAUGCACUGCGGCUUAUGGAAUGUAUUCAUUAAUCCAACGAUUGAUCCCAAUGAAAGCCUCCUCAGAAUAAAAGAGUUUUUUGAAUCAGAACAGUAUACUGAAAGCAAGAAUCCCCGAACGUUCUACAUUAAAAUCGAGGCCCGAUACGACGAAUUCUAUAAAAUUCAAAUGUACAAUAAUGAAGAUUGUACUGUUCUCACUUAUCAACCAAUUAUCGAUGAAGGUCUGUACGUCCAAGAAACAAACUUGUGGGCUUGAAUCACCGAGAAACACGAUUCGUUCCCGUAUACCUAGUUCGUAUACCUAUCGGUCGCAGAAGCUGGUCUCAUAGAUUUCAUUUGAAUUAUCUCAAUUAAAACAUGCCAUUGAAUAUUUUACUCAACGAUUUCAGUAUUUUUUUUUUUUUUCUUUAUUUGAUCAAAUUCAAAAUAAGCUGACAAGGGUAAGCAGCAUCGAGCUUUGAAUUAAAAAUUCACUUUCUGUUCGUAGCACUUAUUUUACGAAAACGAAGCUUACCAUUAGCGCUGUGUGCUUUUGGCUAUUUGUUCUUUUAGGACUAAUAUACUCUGGCGUUGUUCCGGUGGUAACAUGGCUAUCUGUUCGUCUGAUAACUGCAAUACUUGCAUUAUGAGAGCGGCCUGUUGAGAACAAUAUUUCAAUGACAUUAUAACGACAUAAAUUAAGUUUCUUCUUUUAUCCAAAUAAUGACUAUUUUUUUAUUUGACAAAAUCGAGAAAUUAUUUUGUAACGGUUUACCGUAAGCUAUUCAACGUGUCACAAUUUUAUAAGCGUCUAUAAGAUUAAACGUUCAACUCUCGACGUUUUGUAAACCCAAUAAACAAAUUGGUUAAAACGCUCAUCAUCAUUGCUCUAAAACAA